AUGCUCGCUGUGGCCAAGCAACUUCCCAAAUGCGCGCAAGUGUGCCUUACUGAGGCAGUCGCCCAAUCGCCCGUUCAACACCCGGACCUGGCCUCAAUAUGCGCAGAUGCUAAACUGCAAGGCGAGGUAGAAGCAUGUGUUAUGCAAUCGUGUACACUGAGACAGAGUCUGACGACCAAGAAUGUUACUGCAACAGGUUGCCACGCUCCGACACGUUAUUCUGGCGAGUCCAUUCGCGUAUCCAACUUAAUUCUCUCAAUCGUCACCGCCGUCUGCGCGCUCACCAGGAUUAUAUACAAGGCUGUGUUCUCCAUCGGAGAGCUCGGGUACGAUGACUACAGCGUCUUGGCCGCACUGAUAGCCGGUGUACCAUCUGUCGUCAUCAUCGACAGGGCCAUCGUUCCAAACGGUCUCGGAAGAGACGUAUGGACAGUCAGCUUCGAGCAAAUCACCAACUUCGUCAGAUAUCUUUACGCCUUGGAAAUCCUUUACUUCAUUCAGGUUGCUCUUCUGAAGCUCACGCUCCUUUUCUUCUUCCUUCGGAUAUUUCCAAAACCUACAAUCAGGCGUCUGCUUUGGGCAACCGUUGCGUUCAACUGUCUCAACGGUGUUGCUUUCACGUUUGCGGCCAUCUUUCAAUGCCGACCGAUAUCGUUUUACUGGACAAAAUGGGAUCAAGAGGGAUCUGGCCAAUGCAUCGACAUCAACGGAUUAGCGUGGACAAACGCCAUCAUCAGCAUCGUCCUGGAUGUCUGGAUGCUCGCUUUACCCUUGUUCGAAGUUUUCCACCUACAGCUCUCCUGGCGCAAGAAGCUUAGCGUUGCCGUUAUGUUUUGCGUCGGCACAUUUGUGACCGUCAUUUCAAUCCUGCGCCUCCGAUCUCUCGUCAACUUCGCCGCUUCUGCGAACCCAACAUGGGAUCAGACGGACGUCAUCAAUUGGUCGAAUAUCGAGAUCAAUAUUGGAAUCAUCUGCGCCUGCUUGCCUGCACUACGCGUCAUCCUCGUUCGUCUAUUCCCCAAGGUCCUCGGUACGACCAAGGCCACCGACCGACCCUACUACGCAUACGGCAGCCAAAGCCAUGGAAUGAGGAAGGGGGGAAGUGCGCUGGCUAGUGGCCCAGGAAGAUCAGCCGUCUCAAACGGUGGGCGAGAUCCGAACGCUAUCACAUAUACCAAGACUUUCGAAAUACGGCAUGCAGAUAAUGAUGAGCAGUCACUCGUGCAGAUGGAGAUGGAUCAGUUUGGACCGAACAAACAGAAGAAUCCAAGUAGCAGCACUAGUAUUUCGAGUUUGUAG